AAAUUUCCCGCCUUUGGAGACGGGUAUAGACGGCAAGCUACGCAUGUAUGAGUAAGUUAUUCUGAUGUACCAACCCCAGUCAAAAGUAUCGCCUCCUCGGAUACCAUACACGUCUCCGAAACAACUCAACCAGCAAUCAUGACGGGUAACGAUGCAAACAACGCUUCGGCGUCGGCCAAUGGCUCCUCGAUACCUUCCUCUUCCAAGUCUGACUUCAUCGUCAAGGCAGGGUUAGCCCAGAUGCUGAAAGGAGGCGUCAUCAUGGACGUAACAGACGCCGCUCAGGCCCGCAUUGCUGAAGAAGCUGGAGCCUGCGCCGUCAUGGCCCUCGAGCGUGUCCCGGCCGAUAUCCGAGCAGAGGGCGGCGUGGCGCGCAUGUCAGACCCUGGUAAGAUCAAGGAGAUCCAGGAAGCUGUGACUAUUCCUGUCAUGGCUAAGGCCCGUAUUGGUCAUUUUGUCGAGUGCCAGAUCCUCGAAGCCCUAGGCGUGGACUAUAUCGACGAGAGCGAGGUCCUUACUCCCGCCGACGAUACGUUCCACGUCGAGAAAAGCCCUUUCAAGGUACCCUUCGUCUGCGGUUGCAGGAACUUACCCGAGGCCUUGAGGCGCAUUGCUGAGGGCGCCGCCAUGAUUCGAACCAAGGGCGAGGCUGGUACAGGAGACGUUGUUGAAGCCGUCAAGCAUAUACGCACGGUUAACCGUGACAUUGCUCGGGCCAGAUCCGCGCUUCAGGAGGGUGGUGAUUUGGCCAUCAGGGCCUUAGCGAGGGAAUUUGAGUGUGACGCUGUGUUGCUCAAGCAGACCGCAGAACUCGGUCGCCUACCAGUAGUCAACUUCGCCGCUGGAGGUGUAGCAACCCCCGCCGACGCUGCAUUGAUGAUGCAGUUAGGCUGCGACGGAGUCUUCGUCGGCAGCGGUAUUUUCAAAUCCGGAGAUGCAGCUAAGAGAGCUAAGGCUAUCGUGAGAGCCACGACACACUUCCGAGACCCGAAAGUCCUAGCCGAAUGUAGUGAAGGCCUCGGCGAGGCAAUGGUUGGUAUUAGCGUCAACAGCAUGAGGCCCGAGCAGAAGAUGGCCGGAAGGGGAUGGUGAUUGGGGAUAUAAUAUAAUGUUACAUGGGUGGGACAUCUGAAUUUCAACAAUUUUACAUUCCAGUCAGCCGGGAGCACGGGGAAUCAACACCAAUGGCGUAGACUAAAAUAACACGAGGCGAUGUUUACGCAUUUCGUGAAAGCAUAGGUACCUCUUAAAUCUAGGUACUUAUUAACAUGAUCACCACUACCCAGAAAAGUCAGAUGGCCACAAAUUCAACAAGAAUAUCCCGUCAGUCCUGAGAUCCUCAUGCAGGUUGAUUGUUCCAAAUAGCGUCGCUCAGGGUCUUGUUAGGGGUGAAAUAUUUCUCCAAGCAUGGCUUUGCGCGGAUGAUCAGGUCUGCCUCCAUACGACCGAACACGAUGCUUCCGUGAUCGUUUAGAUGCGUCGUGUCCGUCUUGUCUGAACCAUAGUUGUAUUCGUAGGCGGCUUCCUUCCCGAUCGCGUUGACGUAC